AUGGUGCUCCCUACUACACCUAGAAACGUUAGGAAAACUGCUGCAUUCAAAAACUCUCCCCAAUCUUCGGGGAAAAAAACCUUCAAACAGGCAUCUUUACUUUCGUUCUUUGGUAAGAACAAAGCAGCAGGAAAUGGUACACCAUUAAAUAAGUCUAAACAUGAGUCUCUGUUUGUCGAUAAUGAUGACUCAACUGAUAUGGGUUCAGAAUUUGUCACGGCAAUAGACGACGACGGUGACCGCUCAGCUUCGUCAAUAGUUGAUGCAAGUGUCGCGGAUAAGAAUAAAGAGAACAAGGUUGUUGAUGAAGAAGAGAAUUCCGAAAAUUUGGAGGGGGAUACGAAUGGUGAUAUUCAGGGUACUCCAUUAGAUAAAAGUGCACCUCCAAGUCUUCCAGAUGAAUCGAAUCAACCCACAGAAGAAGCUCGAAACGCCGUAAUUUCAGAAGUGAACGCCAAGCGUGCAAAGAAACGGCAAGUUACAUAUGCGGAAUUGAGCGACGAUGAGCCUGAUACUUCGCCUUUGAGGUCAAAGGCUAAGAAAAAGAGACUUUUAUCAAGCGACGACGAAGAAGAAGAAUACACACCGUCAAAAGAAGACCUUCACGAAAGCGAUGGUGAUGAUGUUGACAAUGAUAUCGAUGUCUCAGAAUUUAAAAAUGAGCUUUUGGGAGGAAGCACCGGUGCUGCAGAAGACUGUCUUGGCGACGAAGAUGAUGACGAAGACAUUCUUCAACUAUCGAGCAAAAAAGCCAGGUCUGUAAGUAAUAAAAUUCCAGCCAGGGACAGAUUUUCAUCCCCAGUUGUUACCAAACCGAAGCCUAGUCCUCAGCGCAAUGGUGUGUCUCCCAUUAAUAAGGGCAAACACACAAGCUUCAAUAAGGAAAAUGAAGAGCGUUACCAAUGGUUAGUGAACGAGAAAGACGCACAAGGAAGAGCACCAGACCAUCCAGAUUACGAUCCUCGAACUUUGUAUAUUCCGUCUUCUGCCUGGGCGAAAUUCACGCCAUUUGAGAAGCAAUAUUGGGAAAUAAAGUCGAAGAUGUGGGAUUGCAUCGUUUUUUUCAAGAAAGGCAAGUUCUUUGAGAUGUAUGAAAAAGACGCCAUGCUUGGAAAUCAUCUGUUCGACCUAAAGAUUGCGGGUGGUGGGCGUGCCAACAUGCAACUGGCAGGUGUACCGGAGAUGUCAUUUGAUUAUUGGGCAAUGCAGUUUAUUCAGCAUGGCUACAAAGUAGCGAAAGUAGACCAAAGAGAGUCGAUGCUUGCUAAAGAAAUGAGAGACGGUAAUAAAGGGAUUGUGAAGCGUGAUCUUCAAAGUGUCCUUACCUCCGGGACAUUGACAGACCUGGGGAUGCUCCAUUCCGAUCAAGCUACAUACUGCAUGGCUAUACGUGAAGAAUCUGGGGAUUUCUACGAUAUUGAAAAUGGCACCACGAGUGCCUCUCCAAGUGACAAGAAAAUAUUUGGUGUUGCCUUCAUAGAUGCUGCAACAGGUGCAAUUGAUCUACUUGAAAUUGAGGACGAUUCUGAAUGUACAAAGCUCGACACAAUUUUAUCACAGGUACGGCCUAAAGAGAUUAUAAUGGAAAGAAACAACCUCUCUAGCUUGGCCCAUAAAAUAAUUAAAUUCAACGCACAGCCGCAGGCCCUUUACAACUAUUUGAAGGCAGGCGAUGAGUUUUACGAUUUCAACAAAACUUUCGAUGAGUUAACGUCUAAAGACAAUUCAUACUUUACAGAUAUGGACCAAUGGCCUGAAGUUUUGACCAGGUUUUUUGAACAAGGAAAGAAAGUCGGAUUUUCCGCUUUUGGUGGGCUGGUAUCCUACUUGAAGUGGCUGAAACUAGAUAAGUCUCUGGUCUCCUUGAAAAAUAUCAAUGAAUACAGUCCUAUUAGAUCGCAGACAUCGUUGGUUUUGGACGGAGUAACACUACAAAACUUGGAGAUUUUUGGAAACUCAUUCGACAACACCGACAAAGGGACCCUUUUCAAGCUUUUAAAUAGGGCAAUAACGCCCAUGGGUAAGCGAAUGCUAAGAAAAUGGGUUAUUUAUCCUCUUCUCCAUAAGCAUGAUAUUGAGCAGCGUUUGGACAGUGUUGAUCUUCUACUAAAUGACAUGGAUCUACGAGAGCUUUUGGAGAGCAGUUUGAGUGCAUUACCUGACCUGGAGCGCUUACUAGCUCGCAUACACUCCGGAACUUUAAAGAUUCGCGAUUUCAAUAAGGUUAUAGAGGGAUACGAAACUAUUACCGCUCUUACGGAAAAACUUCAUAAUCAUGAAUUAAACGGUUCCCUGAAAACCCAUAUCGAACAGAUACCCAAUACAUUAGCGUCUGCUGUAAGUAAUUGGGGAAAUGCUUUUGAUAGAAAGAAGGCCGUUGAGGACGGAGUGAUCGUACCCAAAGCGGGUGUUGAACCUGAUUUUGACGAAUCUCUCAGAAAUAUCGACAGCAUUGAGAUGAAUUUGAGUGAUUGCCUACGUUCUUAUAAAAAACUCUUCAAAACUUCCAAUUUACAGUACAAAGACUCUGGUAAGGAAAUCUACACUAUCGAAGUGCCAAUGGCGGCUACCAAAUUGGUUCCAUCGGACUGGAUUCAAAUGGGAGCCAAUAAAUCCAAUAAGCGUUACUAUUCACCUGAGGUUGCGAAGCUGGCAAGAACCAUGGCUGAAGCUCGCGAGUCGCACAAGCUUUUAGAAGAAAGUCUGAAAAGCCGUUUAUAUCAGAAAUUUGAUCAGAACUAUCAAGACAUCUGGAUACCGACUUUGAACGCCGUUUCCCUGAUAGACUGCAUUCUUUCGCUGGCUCGCACUUCAGAGUCACUAGGAUUUCCUUGCUGCAGGCCUGAGUUCGUUGACCAUGUGGAUCCAGUAACGGGCCAUAAACUGAACGGCUUCGUUAACUUCAAAGAACUCAGGCAUCCAUGUUUCAACUUGGGUUCCACAACGGUAAGAGAUUUCAUUCCAAAUGACGUAUCUUUGGGAGGCGACAGUCCACAAGUUGCUUUGUUAACGGGUGCAAAUGCGGCUGGUAAAUCUACGGUUUUGAGGAUGACUUGCGUAGCUGUUAUCAUGGCCCAGAUUGGUUGCUACGUGCCGGCUCAAAGUGCAGUGCUUACUCCAAUAGACAGAGUCAUGACUCGACUUGGAGCUAAUGACAACAUUUUACAAGGAAAAUCUACCUUCUUCGUUGAACUAUCGGAAACAAAGAAAAUUUUGGAUACCGCAACCAACAGGUCACUGCUAAUUUUGGAUGAGUUGGGAAGAGGCGGAUCUUCUAGCGACGGGUUCGCAAUUGCAGAAAGUGUCUUGCAUCAUGUCGCUACCCACAUCCAGAGUCUUGGUUUCUUCGCAACACAUUAUGGUGGUUUGAACAUGGGAUUUAAGCACCAUCCAAAGGUUUUACCGCUCAAAAUGAAUAUUCUCGUCGAUGAAAACUCAAGAGAACUCACUUUCCUGUAUAAACUUACUGAGGGACAGAGUGAGGGAAGCUUUGGUAUGCAUGUUGCCUCGAUGUGUGGUAUUCCCAAGACGAUUGUCGAGAGAGCCCAAAUUGCUGCCGACAAUCAGGAACACACAUCUAUGUUGGCCAAGGAACGCUAUCAUUCUGCUGGUAACAUUAAAGGCAGCAUCAUACCACUAGGUCUACAAAGCGACUUUGUUAGGCUGGCCUACGGCGAUGGUCUCACGUCAGGUAAGAAAGGUUGUGGCGAGGGCGUGACCCUUUAUGACAACCAAAUCAAAGCCAAUGCUUUGAAGAGCAUCUUUUUAAUGAUAGAUGGGCUGGAAUGA